AUGGCUACUGUUGCUGCCAAAAAGUGCUAAACCUGUGCCAGACCAAUAAACAACUGUCAGAUGAAAACAGUAAUUUUAUAUAAACGAUUUGAAAAUAAUUAGAAUUCUUGCUAGCAUAAAAAACUAGCCAUUAUGGCCAAAGCAUUGCCAGAAGUACCCAAUAACAAUCCCACACGCUUCUGUCGGUUGUGCUUUUCGGAGAAGAGCAUCCACUGGGUAAUUCGCACCAGUGGUACCGAGGUAGACAAACCCUUUAUCAGAACGAUUGGUGACUGCUUGGGGAUAUGGCUGACGCUGGACGAGGACUUCCCUUGCGCUGUUUGCAGGGCGUGCAGUGCAACGCUGGAGAAGAUAGUGGAGUUUCGCGAACAGUGUCGAAAGUGCGAUGCCGCGUUAAGAAAGAAACGGCACGAGGAACCGAAUGCAAUGGUGAUGUUCUACGAUUAUCCAGAGGGUCGGGUAUUUAUGAAUGGAAAGGCCCAACCGAGUUCGGUGCGAAAUGAUCCCGAUUUUGAGUUGGAACCAGCCGGUCAAAACAAGCAACAACCACGCCCGCUAAAGCAGGCCAAUCCGUUGCAACCAAACAAAGAUAGGAGUCUGCUGAAGUCCAAAAAGGCUAAGGAAUUGAAGAGAUAUUUUGAAUCGUACGCCAUAUGGAAGACAAAGUUGAUGGCGAGCAAAGAUGACGAUGAAAUGACCGUAGUUGCUCCUGAAGCAACGGAACAUCUAACUAACAAAGUUAAACGUGACAGUGGUAGAAGCACUGCGCAAACCCUGAUGCGGAGGAAUCUGUUAGACCGAACCAAGUGUUGUCUUUGCAAACGAGAAUGUAGAACCGCUGCUUCGCUAAAGAAACACUUUCAAGCGAAGCACCGUAAAUUACAAUGCCCCAAAUGCGCCGGAAGAACAUUUGGCUCCUACUCAUUACUUAUGCAGCAUAUGAUGCGACAUCAAUCCGAUCAUUGGCUUCUGAGCUGUGAGAAGUGUGGCAUUCAGUUUGUGACCGUGCAGGAAUAUGAGUCACAUCGCAAGAAUAAAGACUGUUGGGAUCAAGCUCUCAUGUGUGAAUGUGAGCACUGUGGACGGAAGUUCUCCCGGCGAGGGCGAUAUAUUUUCCACUUGAAACGACUACAUCCGGAUAAACCAUUGCCUCCGGAUCUUGCUGAUGAUAUGCAGCCGCGUUCGAGCGCCAAGGGUGGUACAGUUUAUACCGACACGAGACAAUUCCAGGCGGACAGCAACUCUCGACCGAUAGUGCAGCGGGGACGUUUUGUGGUUAUGCUCGAACCACUUCCCUCCAUUUUUCCAGAUGUUGAAAAUCCCGAGGAUAGUGGCCGAGAAUCGCCCGGUUCUGUUUCUACUACAUCUGCCACUAAGGAAUUCCCGAAUACAUUAGUGUGCACACUGUGUUUCGAGCAGUUUGAUGGAAAGGCCUCUUUCAAUCACCAUCUGCAGGAUUGCUGGGGCUCCGACAAUUAUCCAAAGACUUCACGACCACCAUAUGAGCUCUGCGGAUGUACGGUAUGUGGUGCCAUCUACGAGAGAAUAGGUCAAUUUGCGGAACAUUUCCAGCGGCACGAGCGGCCUUAUGAGGUGAAGCUACACGACUGUCCUUGCUGUCAGCGAGCAAGUCCGGAACCUUCGGAACGACCCGAUAGUCCAGCAGCAAUUCUCGGGGAUUGAAUCAACAGACAAGCCAUUUUUUAUAAUCUUUAUCGUUUAGGAUAGUAUUUGUUUUGAUUUUCAGCGAAUAUUAGUUUUAAUAAUACACACAGUAGUGUACACUGAUUC